AUGGCCAAUCCGGCGAAACGCCCGCGGGCGACGUCACCUGUGAAUGGCCCGAAGGCUUGGGAAGACAUCGAGCUGGUUUUCGGUGGUGGCAGUUCAAGGCACGCAUCUUCUGCGCUCCUACGCAUGUGCUCCCCCGUGUUUGACCGCAUGCUCGGCUCUGGCAUGCAAGAGUCGCAAGAGAGGGUCAUCAAGGUUGAAGUUGCAACCAGAGAUGAGUUUAAUGUCUUGUACGACUUGCUGACGCCUGGGGCUUUGAGCAAAAGCAUCAACAAGAAGCAUGUGGAUGCCUUGCUCCGCCUCAGCGACUACUACGAAAUCGAUUUCGUCAAGGAAGCCUGCGAAGAAGUGCUUCUGCAGAUGCCGGUUACAGCCCAGCGACUGCUGCAGGCCAGCAAGCACGGGCUGCGCAGACAGCAGGAACGCAGUGUGAAGCAGCUUGGGCAAUCGGUUGAUGCGACCGGGCUGCUGCUUCUGCAUGACGAGUCGCCGGAACUGCUGCUAGCUGUGGCUUGUGCCAUGAAGGGGUACGCUGUCUGCAACCGCGAGGAGGUGGUGAAUCUGAAGGUGGCAGCAGAUGCCCCGGGUGCUCUUUCACUGAAGGCACUUCGAUCCUCCGACAUGGGUCACCCUGUGGAGGUAGUCGCGCUCAGGACCUGGACCAUCCGUCUCCUCAAGGAGAGGCUCGUUGAGGAGAUGGGUCUGAGUUAUGGAGAUGUGCGAAUGUGGGACUUCUUCGACAACAAGAUCUUUGCAACCUUGGAGGACGAGCUGGACGCCCAGCUUCAUGACAAGAGAAUAAUGGAUGGCCAGCCGAUUCUUCUUGAAGAGCGUGAUAACCAUGGUAAUUUCACAUUUGUCAGCGCCCUGAGGCAGAAUAGCUCAAGCACUUGA